AGAGAGAGAGAGAGAGAGAGAGGCCAAAUGAAAGAGAGUUAUCAGCGACAGAAGGAGAGGGGAGCGCAGACACAGGGGAAGGUUUUUUAAAUGUUUCCCUUUUUAUGGUUCUCGGAUCAUAAACUCUUGGGGAAGUUAUAAACAUGCACCUACUGGGAAUAUCUCUUUUACUGGCAUAUCUUCUCUACAGCAACCUGGCCAGCGACUUCAGCCACAGCGACUACUAUGAUUACUACGAGCAGGAGCAGAUGGACGAGCCGGACUCUUCACCAAAGCUAGACAUGGAGGAGAAGUUGCGUUCAGCCUCCAGUGUGGAUGAACUGAUGAGUCUGAUCUAUCCUUCAUACUGGGCCGCUCUCAAGUGCCGAUCCAAACUCUCUACCGCUGCUGCCUCUUCAGCCUCCAGGCUCUCUGAACGCCCACCGCCUCGCCGCCUCAGACCGCUAGAUGAUACAGAAGAGCCAACGUUCGCUGCUGCCUACCUCAACUUGGAUCUCCUGAAAAGUAUAGAGUCGGAGUGGAGGAAGACUCAGUGCAUGCCCAGGGAAGUGUGUGUCGACGUGGGUAGGGAGUUCGGGGCUCCCACCAACAUCUUCUAUAAACCACCCUGUGUGUCCGUCUACAGAUGUGGAGGAUGCUGCCACUCGGAAGACAAACAAUGCAGGAAUAUAUCCACUGGUUACCUCAGCAAAACUCUGUUUGAGAUCACAGUGCCGAUCACCCAAGGCACCAAGCCGGUGACCGUCAGUGUGGCCAACCACACCCAGUGCAGCUGUCUGUCCAAACUGGACGUCUACAAACAAGUUCACAGCAUCAUCAGGAGAUCCCUGUCUGAGUGUCCAAUAGCCAACAAGACGUGUCGUCCUGGUCAGUCUUGGAGCAGCAGGCAGUGUCGGUGUGUCAGCAUGACUGCCCAUGUGCGCCACAACCCCCCUCCUCCACCACUGCCCCCUCCAUGGCCCUCCCAACAGCACCUUGACGUAUUCUCAGCAGAUGGGUGUGGCCUAGAUAAGGAACUGGACGUGGAAACCUGUCAGUGUGUGUGCCAGCGCGCAGAUCAAACUCAAGACUGCGGCCCUAACCGACACCUUGACCGCAACACCUGCCAGUGUGUUUGCAACAUCCCACCUGCUCCCUCCUGCCCACACAACCACGUCUUCAAUACGGAGACCUGUCAGUGCACGUGUAGCAGGACGUGUCCGAGGCACCAGCCCCUCAACAAAACAAAGUGUUCCUGCGAAUGUAACGAGUCACCCAACAAGUGUUUCCUAAAAGGAAGGAGGUUUCACCAAGCCACAUGCAGUUGUCUCAGGCCUCCCUGCGAGGUAAGGAGGCGAAGGUGUGAACAAGGUUUCUCCUUCAGCGAGGAAGUGUGCCGCUGUGUACCGGCCCAUUGGAGAAGACUGGACUAAUUGCCGGCCAACAACAUGCUAACAAGAUACUAAGGAGCAGAUAACAAACUUAACAAGUAGAAUGCAUCACCCAUCCUGCUGCUUGUCACGAGUAUCGCCAUCAGCUGUGAAGUGCGCAGACCCUGAUGAAAGUGGGGCAACCUUAGUGACUGGAAUGCAGAUAUGGGAAGCUCCGGUGAUUUGAAGGUGGGACAUGCACUGACUCAGCUUAUGAGGACGAUUUCAUAGGAGAGCGGCUGAUCGCAGCCCAGAGAAGGAAGGAAGAACUGAAAGAGAGAGAGUCAACACUCGACUGUCUGAAUAUUUUUUUAUAUAUUUCGGGGGUUUUGUAUUAAUUAUGUCUCAGUAUUCCUAUGUCAGAUAUUGAUUAUAUAAUUUAUUAAAUGUUAUUUUUCAACCUCUGUUUUAUUGCAAUUUAAAUCUAUUUCCAUGAAAAUACACUGUGAUCAAUAUUUGUGUAUGUAUAGUAUAUGUGUAAAAUAAAGUAUACUGGAUGGUGUAUAUAGUAAGCUUAGUUUGUCUGUUGUGGUCCAUAUUAUACUGAACAUUUUUUGCUUUUAACACCAGAACCACCACAGACCACGCCAUUUAACGUUGUGAUUAAAAAAAUUUAAUUAUUCUGUCAUUGUUUGUUACCCUCCUGCCUUCACUUUUCCUAAAUACUUAUUCUGCAUAUUCCCACAUCGUCACAAUGAUAGAACGUUUAGAAAACCAAAUGGGUUUUUUGGUGUUUUUCACAAAAACGCACCUCUUUAUUUGCCAAGAGUAGCCAGUAGCCCAUUGAGACCCAUAGAAACUAAUUUGCAUGCCAAUAUUAGCUCACAUGCACUUAUAAUCACAUGUUAUCACACUAAGGUAUGUAGGCCCACAGUAUUCAUCCUGUCAUAUUUGUAAAAUAUCAGAAAUGAAAACGAAACUAAUCUCGCUUUCUGUCUGAGUAUAAAAGUUGUUACCCAACACCCAUGUUUGCCAUAUGAUAUAAAAUAUCAGGGAUGUUAUUUAUGUGACUCAUUCGAACAAAACACUACCGUUGCUAAAUUGUAUAAUUUUUAUAGGUUGGUGUGGAUGUGUGCGAUCAGAAGGCAGGUUGUGUGUUGACUGUUGAACUGAAAGACGCACUGUGCACGGGUCAGAUGGAGAGACAAAUAGAAAUGCUAAGAAGAAAAUGUGAUCGUAUGCACUGUGAUUAUAUUUACCAUUUAGUUUACUUGCCAAAAUAAAAAUUAUGAAAUUGA